AUGCUGAUGGAAAUGAAGAAUGGGACAGCUGUCCAAGAGUUCACGUUGGAGGGCUUUCCUGGUGCCCAGUACCUGGGCAAAUUCCUCUUCUUGGUGCACUUGCUGGCAUACCUGGCACCCAUUGCAGGCAAUACACUCAUAGUCACCAUCACCUGUGCUGACUCCAGGCUACAGACAACUGUGUACGUUUUCCUCAGCAUGUUCUCCUUUUUUGAGUGUUGCUUCACAAGUACAGUUAUUCCUAAAUUGUUGGUCAUCUUUCUUUUAGGCAAACAAACGAUUUCCUUUGCUGCCUGUCUCACACAAGCCUUUGUGUUAGUGUUUCUGGGCGCAGCAGGCUUCCUCCUCAUAGCAGUGUUAUCUCCAGACCAGUACUUGGCCAUUUACAAGCUUCUGAAUUACACGACCAUCAUGACCCUGAGCACUUGCUGUGUCCUGGUCACAGCCUGCUUUGCUUUGGGCUUCACUCUCAUGGCUGGUCUGGUGGUGAAGGUGUCCCGGUUAUCUUUCUGCGGCCCCCAAGUCAUCCCUCACUUCUUCUGUGACCUCGGCCCCCUGAUCCAUCUCUCCUGCUCUGACACCAGGCUUGAAAUAUAUGCCUUUGUCCUUGCUUUGUGUGUCCUUUUGACACCCCUCAUCAUAACCAUCAUUGCGUAA